AUCAAGAUGUCAGCCUCCGCACGUGUGUAUGUACCGUGUAUGUCUCCGUGUAAAACUGCAGAAGUUAAGUUCCAAACAGUAGGCCUAUUUUAUUAUUAAUUUGUCACAAUGCCAGGCGACUUUAAACGCAUUCCGUGUCCUCAAGAGACGUUCCAACCCCAGCUCUACUGUAAAUCAUCAACGAAGAAACAACUGCUUCAAGAAAAUGGAAAAAGGGCAGACAACAGGAGUUUGGAUGAGAUCAGGCCAAUCUUUCUCAAGGCUGGGGUAGUGAGCCAGGCCCGAGGCUCCGCCUACAUAGAGGCGUGCAACACGAAGGUCAUCUGCGCAGUGUACGGUCCGCACGAGGUGCAACGCCGUGAGGGGUUCAGCAUGCAGGGGUCGCUGCGCUGCGAGUUCAAGUACGCGACGUUCUCGUGUCCGGGCAGACGGCAGCAUCAAACGGACAGCGAAGAGAAACAGAUGGGUUUGGUGAUUGCGCAGGCUCUGCAACCUGCUAUCUGCUUGCACAAGUUUCCGAAGUCACAGCUAGAUAUUUUUGUGACGGUUCUACAAAAUGACGGAAGUGCAUUUGCUGCUGCCCUGACAUGUGCCUCAGUAGCUGUGGCCGAUGCUGGGAUCGAAAUGUAUGAUGUCGUCAUCGGAUGUUCAUUGCGUCAGGCUGGUGAGACAACGUCUGUGCUGGAUCCCACCAUCACCGAAGACUUCUACAGUCGAUCGGUUGACGGGGAUGCUAGCAAUCAUGGCUCGGUUACAGCCGCUUACCUACCCUCACUCAAUCAGUUAUCGGCAAUUCAGCAGACUGGGGAGAUAGAACCUGAAGUUGCUGCAAAGUGUUUGCAAAAGUGCAUUGAGGGCAGCGUGAGGAUUUUCCCGGUCGUGAGCCAGUGUCUGAUCAAAGCGACCAAACGAAAAGCCCAGAAAUCCCAACAAACAGCAAAGAAGGAUGACGUAUGAUGACGACACAUUAAAGGUUUGUGGAGGCCUUGAUGAGUGUUAAACAUCAACGUUUUGAUGCUGUUUACGUUAUUACUUUGUUAUAUAAUUUCAUUUUAUCUUGCAUCUUCAUUUUGUUUUACGCUCAUAACAUGUACACAUAUGUAAAAGAAACAGUAAAUUACAAAAUGAUGUUAAAACCUCUUAAAGUAUACAUAAGCAAACAAUUGUCAUAUCAGGAACAACAAUUUUAUUUUUUAGUUUUUUUUUGACUCACAUGUAACACUUGCUGAAAUGAAAGUCUAACACGAAAAGUGUUUUAAGAUAUCAAACAUUAUAAAGAAUAACCAAUAGUCACCUAAAUAGGGCACUUUUAUAUCGUGAGCAUGUAACUGCCCUGACAUAAGACCAUGUAAAUUAACCAUAAUGUGAAACAAUCACUCUUUCGUGUGACAAAUUUGUAGGUGAUAUACACACCUGUUAUGUUUGGAGAAAGUGACACUUCAGAAAAAACCAAGUUAAAAUACCUGCUGUAUUCUUUAUUUUUUUUCUUCUCACUAUUCCCGCUUCAUCACAGUAUAGUAAUGCAACAUAACAGCGCUCCAACAACUGUAGAAAUAUAUACAGAUAUUGAAUUGUGAGGUAGUGGAUUAAACCUAAAAUUACACAAAAAUAAACCAUGUUUAAUGAACAUAAUAAAUAAGACAUCAUUUGCCAGUCAUUGAAUUAUUUGUACAGUUUUGGUGCAUGUUUUCUCCCUUUAAUCCGUUUACAUAAUAAAUUUUAUCAACAUCUCAACCAUAACAUUUGGAAAAACACACAAGGGAAAACAAAACAAAUUCAGUUCGUGCGAAUAAAACAAACCAAGACUCAACAUCUAAACAUUGAUAACCAUUGAAUAAUAAAUGAAUAAGUAAAAGCAACGUUAUUCCAACAUUGUGUAUAAGAAACACACGUUGUGAAUGAUAACUACCUGUUAUUAUGUGUAAAAACGAUGGGGAAAGUGCGAAAAAAAACACCUGUUUACAAAAUCCACUAUAGUAAAUUGUUGAACUACAUGUAAUAAAAUAAAACUUAAUUUCGAGUAA